CCCAGCACCAUGUCUGGAUCCAGCCCUGCUACAGCAUCACUGGAGCCAGGCAUCACUGGGUCCCUGAACCGAGGCCAAACGGACACCAGCAACAUCCCUGUCCCCCCACAUCACCCUGUUCCCCGUGCUCAGACCUACCUGGAUGAGCUCAUCAGCAUCCCCAGAGGCAGCGCGCCCGGCUUCAGCUUCAGGAAGCUGUGGGCUUUCACUGGCCCUGGCUUCCUGAUGAGCAUCGCCUACCUGGACCCAGGCAAUGUGGAGUCAGACCUGCAGUGCGGGGCUGUGGCCGGCUUUAAGCUGCUGUGGGUGCUGCUGUGGGCCACAGUGCUGGGACUGCUGUGCCAGAGGUUGGCCAUCCGCCUGGGCGUGGUGACGGGGAAGGACCUGGCAGAGAUCUGCUACCUCUAUUACCCCACGGUGCCCCGUGUGCUGCUGUGGCUCAUGAUGGAAAUCGCCAUCAUCGGCUCAGACAUGCAGGAGGUGAUUGGGACGGCCAUUGCCUUCAGCCUGCUCUCAGCCGGACGCAUCCCGCUCUGGGGUGGUGUUCUCAUUACCAUCACAGACACCCUCUUCUUCCUCUUCCUUGACAAGUAUGGGCUCCGCAAGCUGGAGGCUUUCUUUGGCCUCCUCAUCACCAUCAUGGCUCUGACCUUUGGCUACGAGUACGUGGUGGUGAGGCCAGCGCAGACAGAGGUGCUGAAGGGAAUUUUCCUGCCCUACUGCCUGGGCUGUGGGCGAGAGGAGCUGCUGCAGGCUGUGGGCAUCGUUGGUGCCAUCAUCAUGCCCCAUAACAUCUUUCUACACUCCUCCUUGGUGAAGACCCGGGUGAUUGACCGCUCCAAGAAGGAGGAGGUAAAGGAGGCCAACAUGUACUUCCUGACUGAGUCCUGCCUAGCUCUCUUCGUCUCCUUCCUCAUCAACCUCUUCGUCAUGGCUGUCUUUGGAGAGGCUUUCUACCACCAGCGCAAUGAGGAUGUGCAUAACAAGUGUGUCAACAGCAGUGUCAGUCACUAUGCCAGCAUCUUCCCCAUCAACAAUGAGACGGUCUCUGUGGAUAUCUAUCAGGGAGGUGUCAUCCUGGGCUGCUAUUUUGGGGCUGCAGCGCUCUACAUCUGGGCCGUGGGGAUCCUGGCAGCAGGGCAGAGCUCCACCAUGACAGGCACCUACGCAGGACAGUUUGUCAUGGAGGGCUUCCUGCAGAUGCGCUGGUCCCGCUUCACCAGGGUACUGUUCACUCGCUCCCUGGCUAUCCUGCCCACCCUCUUCGUGGCUGCCUUUAGGGACAUAAGCCAGCUGACGGGCAUGAAUGACCUGCUUAACGUGCUGCAGAGCAUCCUGCUGCCCUUCGCCGUGCUGCCCGUCCUCACCUUCACCAGCCUGCGCCCGCUCAUGCAUGACUUCGCCAAUGGUCUCCUGGGGAAGGUGCUGAUGUCCUUCAUUACGGGGCUGGUCUGUGCCAUCAAUGUGUACUUCGUGGUGGAUUUCCUGCCCACGCUGCGGGGCCUGGGCUACCUCAUUCCCCUGGGGCUGCUGCUGGUGGCUUACGUGGCCUUUGUCGCCUACCUGCUCUGGACGUGCAGCAUCGCGCACGGAGCGCGGUUCCUGCCCAGGGGACGCCACAACCGGUUCAGCUUCGAUCUCACCAUGGACGGGCCGGGGGCGGCAGGGCCGCAGUGACGGGCUCCGUCCCGCACAACAGCGCCCUGCUGCCACACCGAGCCCCGGGGGGCGAUGCUUUCUAGGGAAACGCCCCCAGCACGGCAGGGGUUAACAGA